AUGGUGCCCCUGCUGCUGCUGCCUCUGCUGUGGGGGGGGUCCCUGCAGCAGCAGCAUCCAGGCUAUGAGCUCGGAGUGCAGGAAUCGGUGACAGUGCAGGAGGGUCUGUGUGUCCACGUGCCCUGCUCCUUCUCCUACCCGUGGAGUUCGUGGUAUUCCUCUAGUGAACUCUACACCUACUGGUACCGGGACGGGGCCAACACAAACUAUUCUGCUCCUGUGGUCUCGACCAAGUGGAAUAAACCAGUGAGGAGAGAGACCCAAGGCCGCUUCCUCCUCGCGGACCCCACGACCAACAACUGUUCCCUGGACAUCAGAAAUGCCAGGGGGAGUGACAGAGGACGCUACUUCUUCCGAGUGGAGAGAGGGAAUUCUGUGAAAUAUAAUUAUGUAAUGAAGAAGCUGCAUUUGAUGGUGACAGCCCUGACAGAGAAACCCCACAUCCGGAUUCAGGAGCCUCUGGAGUCCGGCCGCCCCUCACAGCUGGCCUGCAGCCUGCCAGGGGCCUGCAGAGGGGGACAACGUUUCACCUUCUCCUGGGCGGGAGCCGCUGUGGACUCGCUGGACCCCAAGAACCGCAGCUCCUCAGUGCUCACCUUCACCCCGAGGCCCCGGGACCAUGGCACCAGCCUCACCUGUCAGGUGCAACGGGAAGGGUCCCAGUGGACCACACAGAGAACCAUCCGGCUCAAUGUCUCCUAUGCCCCAGGGAACCUCACCAUAGGCCUCUCCUUCAGAAACGACCCAGUCUUUAAGAAUCUGCAAACCACAUCCCUAACCAUCCUGGAGGGAGAGGCCCUGAGGCUGCGCUGUGAGGCUGACAGCAACCCCCCUGCCGAGCUGAGCUGGUUCUGGGGGUCCCCAGGCCUGGAUGCCACACCCCUCUCCCCCACCGCGAUCCUGGAGCUGCCUCGCGUGGGGCCUGCACAGGAAGGAGAGUUCACCUGCCAAGCUCGGCACCCGCUGGGCUCCCACAGUGUCUCUCUCAGCCUCUCCGUGGUCUACCCCCCGCAGCUGCUGGGACCCUCCUGCUCCUGGGAGGACCAUGGUCUGCACUGCAGCUGCUCCUCCAGGGCCCAGCCGGCCCCCUCCCUGCGCUGGCGGCUGGGGGCGGGGCUGAUGGAGGGAAACCAUGGCAACGUCUCCCACGCUGUCACCUCCAGCUCAGAGGGGCCCUGGACCAACAGCUCCCUGAGCCUCAAUGAGGGGCUCAGUGAGGGACUCAGACUCAGCUGCGAGGCCCGGAACGUGCACGGGACCCAGAGCGCCUCUGUCCUGCUGCUGCCAGGGAAGGCCGUGCCCCAGGCGGGAGCGGUUCCUGCGGCUCUCGGAGGUGCUGGUGCCAUGGCCCUGCUGUCCCUGUGCUUGUGUCUCAUCUUCUUUUGCAUAGUGAAAGCCCGCAGGAGGCAAGCAGCUGGGAGACCAAAGGUCAUGAAUGAUGAAGAGCCUGUGAUGGGCACAGUCACCUUGGGCUCCCAGAAAAACCUCCAGCCGGACGGGCCCCCGGACCAAGCGUCACCUGCUGAGAAGGGCCCUCUGUUGGGGGAGCAGCAGGAGCUCUACUACGCCAACCUCACCUUCGAGGGGCUGAAGCCACGGGAGCCUCGGGACCAGGAGGCCACCAGCACCCACGAGUACUCAGUGGUCAAGCGCAGAGGCCAAUGA